GCGCAUCCGAGCUGACGUCAGCUGUGAGGCUCAAGCGGAAAGUGUAAUAAGUUGCCUGUGUUUUAAAGAAGCAGAACCUGCUCUUAAGGAACUGCAGCCUUCAAAAUAAGGUUGCAAAAUGGCGGUUAAUGCCAGGCAACUUAUCAUCUUUGGCCUCGUUGUGACUGUUUUCUGCUUGGUUGGUGGAAAUCCGACAAGGGAAUUGGCAGGAGACAUAAAUUCCGACCCAGAUACGGCUGAGAUUUCAGAUGAACAAGAGUCGGGCGUAUUGGGCCGUCUGUGGUCAAGCUUGAGCAACCUCACGGGACUUAAAAAAAGAGACACUGGCGAGAGACUAGAGCGAUUCAGAAGAGAGCUUCUCACCAGCUGGCACCACAAUAUAAAAACCGUAACACAUGCCAGUAAAAGAUACCGAAGGGGCCUCGAGGACGGACUCGUCACGGACACCGAAGGUUAUUGGCUACUAACUAACCUUGAUGAUAACGUUUCUCCUCGACUGAAGUCUCUCAAUGCUCCUACUGGAACCAACUCUAUGACCAUAUUUGAGCAUGACUCUCGCUUGUUCUUGGUAGCUACACAUGGUACCGGAAUCGUCGUGUAUUCCUUGAACCUAAGUACUGAUACAUUUGAACAAGCUAUGCUUCCAAGUCAGGCAGCGUUUAAAUGUGUGCCUGUAAUAAAGCACACAGAAUUUAUUGAAAUUGUCUGUGCAGAAAGCCUUACUGAUCAAGUUCAGACUGGCAGUGGUGUAUAUAGUAUAACUUGGAAAAACGGCCUUCGAGUCAAGUUUGUUAGGACUUUAAUAACACACGCAGCAAGAGAUGUCUGUACUUGGGAAAAUGAUGAUUACGUGUUCAUUGCCAUGGCUAAUUCCUUUGAUGCUAGUCUAAAUACAGUGGAAUGCAGCAGUGAAAUUUAUCGAAUGGAGACUACUGUAACUCCACAAGGAACUUACACAAACUACGACAAAAUAGACGCGGCUUCCUUUAUUACAAAGAAUGCACGUGGCCUAGUAGCCUUCAAAAUCAUGACUAAUCAGUUUGUAGCGGUAGCAAACCAUAUGGAUAACAAAGGCAAUGUGGAGGUAGACAGUGAAAUCUUCAUCUAUGAUCACUAUUAUACACGAAUGAGGCCUUUCCAACGCAUCCGGACGAGUGCUGCUAGGGACUGGGCUGCCUUCCACUUUUCGAAUGGAAAGAAAACUGAAUAUUUCUUGGCUGUUGCUAACGAAUUUAGCUUUGAUGCUGCUGGCAGGAAGAACUACAACAUCGACUCCAUCAUCUAUAGGUAUGAUGAGGCCAGUGAAAAAUUCCUACCUUUCCAGUGCAUUCCAACCCAAGGCGCAUACCAGUGGAUAACCUACAAGGGACCGCAUGGGGAAGUGCUGUUGGGGGUAGUAAACAGUGCAUCUGGUGUGGCCUUCUACCAGUACAAUGGAUGGAGAUUCGUCAGAAUAAAUAUCCCAGUGUCGGCUCCGGGCGUAGAAUGGGCAUGGAUUGGUAAGCUUCCAAAUACCCUGAAUGAGGUACUCUUCAUGAUGUCGUCAAGCCAGGCAAAUCCACGACCAGCCUCUUCUUACCUGGAGUUCACUUACCAGAAUCCACUUGGGACCUACCACAAUGCUACUGCUGAGUGGUGUUCUGCAUACAAGACUGAAAUGACCAAUGAUGGACUAUCACAGCUGGUUUUGGAUAUGGAACAGGCCCCCAAGACUAACGAAAGCCAUACUUUCACCAAACCUGUACACAUCGAUGGCAGCCUUACUCUUCCUGCAGGCUCGGCAGUAUCGGAAGUGAGAGAUAUCCUCUGUGAAUCUGAAUCCACGGCAGUCGACUACAAGUUCCAUAUUGACACAAAGACUUUAAUUGACGACAGAAAAGAUCUCGAAACUAAAUUAGGAGGCGUACAGAACACCGUUUCUCAAUCUAUAUCUAUUAACAGUCCCAACCUGGAUGGACUUCACUUUGCCCACCUGGUUACUACCUGCAAUACACCAGGAUGUAUUGCAAGCACAGUAGAUUCUCUGACGGCAAACACGGUCAAUGGCGUCUCGGCAUCUUACACGGGCAUUGCUCUAUUGAACAACACCAAUGAGAAGCUGGACCUGACCUUUGCUGAUGUAGCACUGGCAGGAGGUGCAGUUUGCUCUGUUACAAAUAUAAAGGCGCAUGACACGGCCGUCAUUCCCAUGAACGAGCUAGUAACCCUCCACCAGGACCACACCAUAACGGCAGAUGUUACCUUCAACAAGGUUCUGGCAGAUAACAUGCAGGUUUCUGGUACAGUUGAUGGCUUGACUGUGGAUGAUUCUACACUUCUACUGACCUACGGCACACAAACUGUAAAUGGACUGGUAACGGUAGAUGGUGUCGAUACCACACUAAUAACAACAACAAACGUCAAUAGCAGAAACUUCAAUGACUUCAUAGAUUCGCUGAUUGUGAAUGGUACAACCGACUCAUUCCAAGGAUUACUAGAAGUGGGUGACGACUUGAUUGCCCCCAACAUUGAUACUUUGGAAGAUAUGAAGCCCCUCAACCCUGUAGACGUGGAGGCUCGUGCCCUCUUCCACACAAAGACCAGUACCCAAGUUGUUACAGGUCUUCAUAGUGUUGGCAACCUGGAAGCAGUUAAUGGAGUUUGGUUUGACCAUCUAAACGGUGUUCUUGUACCAGAUGAUGUAUUCCUUAAGGAUGAAACGGUAACCGUCUCUGCUCCAACCACUUUCGACUCCAUUACCGCUACUAGUAUACAAGUAACCAAUGCCAUGAAUGAUGUGAAGCAAGUGGGAGGUAGCUUGGAAUUCCUGUUGCUUGAUAAGGAUGCAACACUAACAAGCAAGACUUUCACUGAUCUAACCCUGGAGAAAGACUCUACUGUGGCGAAGCUAGUAGCUGGCUACGACUUGGAUUACCUAGCAAAGGGACUUCAUGAAAAGUUCUUGCAGGAUCUCAACUCUGGAAGAGCUGUGAAUGGUUCGGUGAUCUUCGAGAAAGAACUGCAUGUUACCAGUGACAAGAUCCAUGGUGUUAGUAUUGGCAAGAUCCGGGAUACUGCUAUUCCCCUCACUGCCACAAGCUUGAAUCCUGCUCUGACCUUUGAAAAGCCUGUUCCGAUUGCUGGUGCCAUGACGGUGUCUUCUACCAUUAAUGGAGUUGCAAAGGAUGACUAUGUACUGCUAGACUCUGACCACACCAUCGUCUCUCCAAAGACCUUCGUGUCGGAUAUGGAGUGUCGUGAAGAUGUGACGGCAGGUCUGGUCAGUGGUUAUAACCUGGCUAAGUUUGCAAAGGAUGUAGUUCUCAAGAAGGGACCUGCACAGAUCAUUGUCCAAGAUCUGUCGAUGGCCUCUGCAGAUGUGAAUGGGGACCUGAAUGUUGCAGGUCAAAUAACGAUUGGAGGUGUAAACUUUAACAAUGUGGUUGCUCUUAAUGCAACUGAGACUGUGAGAGGCAAGAAGACUUUCACAAAUGUAGAAGUAACCUCUUCAACAUCUGCCGGUGCUGUGAAUGUAGGAGACUUCGGAACCGUCGAUGGAGUAGUGGUCAAGGAGAUCUUCUUUGAUGACAGCCUGAGGAAAUCUGUAACUUCAACCCAGGAGUUGGUUGGUAGGGCCAUGGACACCAUAAUAGCACAAAAUGCCGAGGGAACAGACCUUGCAGGUUUUGAACGAAAGGUUGUGUACAAGGAUGAUAUUGAAACCAUUUCUGGUGCUCUAACACUUGAAGGUUCUGUUUCGAUCGCCUCUCUGAACUUCGAAAGUGACUUUGAUGGUGUUUCUGAAGCUGCAUACAAGUCUGCUUGGCUCCUUAAUGAGGGUCCCCAGACUUUGACUGGAAGCAACUCUCUUGCAAAUGUUGAUGCAUCUGCUGUGAACUUCCAAGGAAUCUAUGUAGAUGGUGUGCAUCUUGGCCGAUUGCAUACAGUGACCGCUAAGAUUGAUGAACAAACAACACUGAACUCUACAACAUUUGACCAGGUCGAAUCCCUGUCUGGAAUUACCUUGGAUGGAACUAUCCAGGGGUGGCAUCUUCAUGAGCAAGCCUUGCAGUCUUCCUCAAAUCAUCAAAGGGUCACUGGCAAGAAAAGAUUUACAAACCCAGUCCACAUCAAAAACAGUAUUACGGUAGACGAAAAUGUAAUUAUUCCUAGAGCUGGUGGAAGUCCCCUUGUGCUUGAAAUGAGCCAGUUCUGUGAUGCCUUCAUGCAGAAUGGAAAGGUCCUGGGAGAUCUUGUGGUAAAUGGUAAUGCGGUGUUCAAUAAGGACUUGGAUAUCAGUAAGUCCUUCAACAAUGAAGAUGUUUCAACCCUUGCUAGUGUAUUCUGGUUGAGUGACAUGGAUAACACUGUAUCCAGUGUAAAGCAGCUGGAUACUGCCCAGGUUGCUGGGAAUGCAGAAGUAAUAAUGAAGGGUUUGAUAAAUGGAGAAGACUUCUCUACUUUAGCAUCUGAUGUCCUGAAGAACAAAUGUACAUCUCAAUCGGUAACUGCAUCUUGGAAUCUAGAUAACCUAGAGGUAUCUAGCUUGCAAACGGACACUGUAACAAAUACUCUACUCGAUUCGGAUGUGUUUGACCUUGAAAGGAUUCUGAGGACUGACAAAACCCAGACCAUCACUGGUGCAAAGACUUUCCCAGAGGUCCAGGUUGCAGGGUCUGUGGAUCUUGAUGGAACCCUCAAUGGAUUGGAUGUGAAGACCAACUUAGUCCAGUAUGGUAAGGGUGCAGAUAUAACUGCUCCCAAGACUUUCAAUCAAAAGCUGACUGUAAAAGGAGACUUGUCAAUGAGCAGUGGCACCACUGUGCAGGGUGUUGAUGUAUCAGCAUUUGAAGAGUCUGCUGUGCUGCAUAACACUAGUGGUAUUACCAAGUCUAUCGGUGGAAUUACCACCUUCAAAGGCCUGGUCUUGAAGACGCUGGAAGUUGGAGGUACUGUUGACACUGUACAGGUAGAUAGUAAUACUAUACUCCUGACAAGUGGAGCACAAAGUGUGGCUGGCUUGGUGACGGUAUCUGUACCUGGACAAGACAAGGUGGUCUUUGUUGAUCAGAACCUGGAGGUCCAGGACCAAAUGUUCAACACCAUAAAGCUUGACAAGCUGUAUGGAGAUACGGUUCGUGUUGAUGGCAGUAAAGAUACUAUUACAGCAGAAGUAACCUUCACAGCAUCUCCAACCUUCUCCAGUAUAACUCUUGAAAACCACCUUGUGAAUGGCUACAAUUUGACAGACCUAAUCUUGUUCCUUGAUGGGAAACACACCCUUGAUAACAUGGGAGAUCAUCUGGAAGAAGCAAUCCAGUCUUCACAAGACUCUAAUAUGGUGCUUGAAGAAAGACCUACUGACCUGUGGUACUUCUAUGAAACCAAAUUGCAAGAAACCUUGUAUAAACUACAACCAAUAACGUUGGCAAGUCCCUUGGGACACCGUUCCAUUGAUGCAUUUGUUGGCUUGAACUGGGAAGACACCAGUAUCCAGAUUUAUGGGCCUGAGCUUGGAAGGAAGUCGUUGGCUGAUGAGCUGAAGGACAUCUGUGAGGAAAAGGAACACUUGGAUGUGUUGGCAGCCUUCCCACCAACAAGUACUAUUAGCAUUCCUAAAGCCAAGGUAGCUGCAGGCUUGGGAAAUAAUCACUUGGCUGCAUGUGGAGAUUCGCUUGUAACUUUCCCAUAUGCUGCUGCACCAACAUAUCAACAGAUUUCAGAUGAACUGGGCCAAGGAACUUCAUAUGGCCAUGUAUUCUCCCUAAACAAUCCAGUGCAAACUGUCGUUUCCUUCAGCACUGUAUCCUGCAAAGAUCUAGUGCCAUUCCACCUGGAAAAUGGAAAAGACUGCUUGGCAGUGAUUGAUCAUGGAACCACAUCAGAAGUGAUCUGUGGAACUGCACAGACUGGAUACAGACUACUGAACUACCUGGGUACUAAACAUGCAGUAAAGGGAGCAGCAUUUACCUUGGGUAAUGAAUACCUGGUUGUGCUGGAGGACGAUUCAUUCAGCUUUUCCUCAAACCUAAAGACCUUCAAAUAUGAUCUGCAUUCCAACACUAUGGUCUUGGAGUUAAACCAUGAUCUGCAAAAGGCUUCUCACCUGGAUGCCCUGGCUGGAAAUCAUAAAGCUUAUGUAGCAGUAACUCACAGUAUCUCCCCUGUUGCUGCAGGGGGUGUGGAUAUAUUCACUGUUACUGAUAAAUCUGGAUCUGUGGAGAUGAAGAAAAUGCAGACUAUAAAGGUGCCUGGUGCUCUUGCAAGCAAUUUUGGAGAAUUGGCCAAGUAUGAUGUGGGUCUCUUCGUCCAGACAGAGCACGGUGUUCACGUGUAUGUUUUGAAGGGAAUGCAGUUCGUGCAUGAAAGGAUGGUUAAAACUGUACCUGCACGGAAACCCUUCUCGUUCCCAUUCUUCCAUACUGGCCAGAAUACGACCUUCCUUCUGUAUGCCGGAAAUGAUCUUGAUGGACAUCUCGAAAGGAAUGCAAGAGUGUAUGAAGCAGUCUACAGGCCUUAGUUUUAGAUUUUUAAAAUAUAUUUAAUGAACUUC